ACUGUCUCUCAACUUCGUCUUACUGUCUCUCAACUUCGUCUUUGUUUAAAACUGUUGUAAUUUAAUUUGCAAGGCCGACAAUUGGAUUUAAAGUGCAUAUAGAUAAUGAUGUUCGCUGGAAUUACUGAUGCAAAGCCUUUCGAUUCAGUAUAGUAAGUAGACAAUCAUGUUUUCGGUAAGAAGAUUGUUGAGAUCGGCCCAAUGUUUACAAACUAACCAUCCAUCAUUUAGACAUGUGCACGUGGAUUUAAAGAAAACUUUGCAGUCAUCUUUAGAAAAUUACACGGAUUUAAAACUAUUUCCUCAGCGAAUUUCGAAUUGUGGUUUUGGAAGAAGUUUUACCAACACAUUUGUAGAUUAUGGAGACUAUGUGGGUCCAAAUGAAAAUGCUCUAUUUCAUGUGCAAUUUUCUAGUGUUUUCAAAAGAGGAUUUGACUGUUUGCAGCAAUAUCUGAAAAAUGAUGUUGGUCUCUUUGACAACUUUCACUUGGACGGUGUUUCUAAUGAUGAUAGAGACCAUUUCCAUGCAUUAACUGCUCUGAGAAUUUUUCUGGAAAAGCUUGCAUUCCAUGAAAGUAGCUUAAAAAGCUCACAGAGAAAUGCAUUUGAUGGUAAAAAGGAAGGAGAAAUAGCAGCACUGUUGAGUAACCAUCUGUUGUCAUGCUUAGUGUAUGGGAAUAAAUACCUCAUCAGCAAUACCUACCAAAAGCAACCAUCACAAUGUCCAUGUCUAAAUCCAAUCCAGUGUAUGGAACAUAUUCCAUAUGGAGAGACAGGUUUAGGACAUGAGGAGCUAUGGUAUGGACACCCAGGCAUAGUUUUGAUCCCAGAGGACCCACCAGACUACAUACCCAUUAUGGUUUAUGAAGAAUUCCCAAAUAAUGAUGAUGAUGAUGGUGUUGGUCAAGAAAGAAACAUUAGGGGAAACAAAGAAAACUCAACAGAAAAGUGUGACUUUGAAUCUGAAGACAUGCAUUUUGACAAGUGUGCUGAACAGAUCUUUAGCCAAGCCAUUACCUUUUCAUUUCAUCGAGGGAAUGCUAUGAAUGAUAGUUGUAUCCAACCUGUGUCAACUUUAAUUCCAUCUUUGGUACUGACUCCUUCUAAGUAUUACAUAGUGAUGUACGAUUACAUGAAUGACAUUUUACUUAGCAGUAGUCACCAGUGUUGUUCAUGGUGGGAUGACAGCGAUAUGAAGUUCAAUAUGUCAGCUGUUCUUCAGAUGUGGAUGGUGAUAAAUUAUGUAGAUUUUGUUCCUGUUUUAAGCCAAAAAGCAGAACAUGUUUUAGCUGGUAGUGGUAAUUUUCACAACAUAUUAAGAAGCAAGCAUUUGUUUCAAAAGACUAAACAUAUUUCUCGCAAAUUAAUAUUCAUUUCUCAGAAAUGUACAAAACUCAUCAAUAAGGGAGUUAGUGUUGAUCUAGAUGAGGAAGUACAAUGUAUAUAAAGUUCCCUAGUAUAACUACUUGACACUUUUAAGGCAUACAUUUGUAUAUUAUACAUGUAUAAUGUUCACUUGUGUGCACAAAUUUAAAAGAUAGAAAAUACUGGCAAUGUUUUUUAUGUUUUCUGUUUUCAGCUCACUUAUUUCAAAAGCAUUAUCAUGUUUUAAUGUUUUCAUGAAUUUUAUUUGUGCCAGCUUCAGCCAAACUUAGCACCAAGAAUUCAUAGAAAUACUGCUGGCUUCUCAAGCUUAUAAAGCUAUAAAUAAUAUGUUGAUAAUAUAACAAUACCCAUCUAUCUUUUUGCAAUUGUACACCAGAGCGUUUUGACAUCAUACAUAGAAAAUUAAAACUAAUGAUAAAUGGUUGAUGUUGGUUUUUGUAAGCUAUGACCUGAUGUGUCAUAAAAAGGACCCCAUUGGUGUAACAUGAAAUAACACCCCAAGCAACAAGUUGUGAGGUGGUGGGAAGGGGGCAUAAUGAUUUUGACCUGUCCAUCAGUCACUUAGUCCGUUCAUCUGCCAGAGAACAUCAUCAAACUAUUGAAAAAGUAUGAAAGUGAAAAAUAAGCAUACUACUUAAAAAAAUAUUUUUUUUUUAAGUAGUAUAUAUAUAAAUUUAUAAAUAAAAAAAUAAAAUUUAUUUCCAUUAUGUUUGGGAAAAUUUUGGCCGUUUUUGAACUGUUAAGCUCACCUGAGCAGAAGGCUUCGGUUAGGUUUUCUGAUCAAGAUUUGUCCGUUGUAUGUCAUCGUUGUUGUCUGAACUUAUUCACAUUUUCUUCUUCUUCACCACUGGGCAGAUUUCAAUCAAACUUAGCACAAAGCAUUUCUGCCCGAACGGGAUUUAAAUAUGUUCAAAUGAAUGACCACAUUCUUUUUAAGGGGGAUAAUUUUGAAUUAUUAAAAAUGUGUUGUUUAUUUUUCAAAAACCUUCUUGUCAAAAACCAUUUAGCCAGAAAAGCUUAAAUUUGUGCAAAAGUAUCUUUAUUAGUGUAUAUUCAUGCUUGUUCAAAUCAUGGUCCCAGGGAGUAAGGUGGGGCCACAAUUGUGGGAUAAAGUUUUACAUAGAAAUAUAUAGAGAAAAUCUUUAAAAUCUUCUUAAAAACCAUUUUACCAUCAAAAGCUUAAUUUUUUUGGAAGCAUCCCAAGCUAGUGUAAUUUCAUAUUUGUUCAAAUCAUGGUCCCCAGGGGUAGGGUGAAGCCACAACGGAGGGAUGAAGUUUUUCAUUGGAAUAUAUAGAGAUAAUUUUAAAAAAUCUUCUCUAAAAACCAAUUUCUAAAUACCAGGAAAUGUCAAAAUUUUGUAGAGACAUCGUCAUGUUGACGUGUAGAUUCAAGUGUGUUCGAAUCAUAAUCCUAGACCUAGGGUGGAGUCACGACGGGGUUUUUUCAAAUUUAUGCAGAUAAGAAGAUAAAAACAAUCUGAUUUUUUAAAAAAUUUUGAAUGUUGUGCAUGUUGUUCCAUGCUGAAUGGAAAAGCACUCAGGCAUAUAAGCUGAAACUUGUGUAGAUUAAAGUUUGAUCAAGCCACGAUUCCCUGGAGAAAAGUGGGACCACAAAGUAGGAGUUUUUGAAAUCACUACUAAUGCAUAGGUACAGAGAAAAAUGUUCUCACUAAUACAAUAAAACAAUAAAGGUGGCUUGGUGCUUACAUGUACCAUAACAGUAUGUUGCUAAAAGUUAACAGAUUUUUAACUAUAUACUGUACUUAUUUGUCAACAUAUUUUGAAUUUGAAACACUGUAAUGCUGAUUUGAUCAGCUUUUGUUCCUCAGGUGAGCGAUGUGGCUUAUGGGCCUCAUGUUUGAAAUUUGGCCAUGCAUUUUGGACAAAUUUACACCUUAAGUUCAGACGACACUUUCCUCAAUUUUAUAUAAUUUUUUCCAUGAACUUGUUAUUGAUUUAUUAUUUCUUUGCAAAGCUUCUUGCAAAAAAUUACGGUACCUGACCAGGCGUUUAUACAAGAUACUAGAAUAUGCAGUUUCCUAUAUAAUCUUCUUAAAAAUACACUUGAAUUGCUGAUGUAAACAUUUUUAAAAAGAAAUUAUUAUUUUUCGAGGAACGUGUCGUCUGACCUAAAGUAAAUGACUUAAAUUAUUACAACCCCCGUGCAAACUCAUUCUCUCUCAUACAUUAAUUUACUUUCUUAUUAUUUAUAGCUAAUGUAUUUUUUUAUUGCAUAAUUAGAUCAACCUUUUUAGAUGUCAUUGUCAGACACCCGUUGAAUAUUACAUGUAAUCAAAAUCAAAAUCGAAACUUUGGUAGUAACUGUGUUGUGUGACAAACUGAUUAAUUUAAGGAGUUUAUCUUUCAAAUUGGGACUGUUUUAUGUUACAUUAUGUUUUAGCUCACCUGAGCUGAAAGCUCAAGUGAGCUUUUCUGAUCACCUUUUGUCCGUCGUCCGUCUUUUGAACUUCUUCUCUAAAACCGCUUAUCCAAUUUCAACUAAAUUUGGCACAAAGCAUCCUUAUGGGAGGGCGAAUAUAAAUUGCAGAAAUAAAAGUCCGAUCUGUAUUCAAAGCGGAGAAAACCUUGAAACUGUAGAAAAAGGGGGGUGCAUUUUUAAAAAUCUUCUCCUCAAGAACUACUGAUUCCAAUUCAACGUAGUUUAGCAUAAAUUAUCCUUAUGGGAAGGAAAAUAUAAAUUGCAAAAAUUAAGGGCUACUUCUGUUUUAAAUCUGAGUUAGUAUGAAAAUAAUAAUAAAGGAAAGGCGUGUUUCAAUCGGGUUCGGCAUCUGGUAAAAUGGGUAGGCAAGACUUGGCCUGGGCAAAACAAAAGAUUGGCAGUUAUUAAUCUGCCAAUCUCAUUAAAAUUUCAGGAUAUUUGAUGGACCAGUAUAUUUGUAUUUGCUGUAAAUAUUGCUGCAAAAUAAUGCGUAUUUGGAAUUGACGAUUGCCGAUCUGCCCCAGCUUUAAUUUUGCCACGGCCCGGGUUUGCAUACCCAUUUUACCAAGAUUCGUAUUCCAUACUUCUAAUACGAGGUUCUUUGUUUAAAGCAGCCAUGACAUUAUACGAAAAAGGGUCGAUCUGACUAUGAUGAAUUUGCUUGUUGUGCAACAGUUCGCGUAUGAAGGGAAAUUUUUGAAACAUGCAAAAUAUAUUGGUGCCGAUUUUAUUUAGUAAAGUGAGGCGAAAUAUUUUUGAAUGCGUUGACAGUUUUCACACAUGACGUUGGUGUUAGCUUGUUCUGAUUUUCGUUUCGUUUUUAUUAUUUAUGCUUUGUAACCUGGGAACUAUAUAUCGUCUGUAUUUCGUGAUUUUUACGUAUCAAAUCAAAUAGAAACUUCGGUAAAUCAAACAGUUAACUGUUUACCUGCGCAAAUUAAGCAAAAUCUGAUGUAUCAAAAAGGUACUGAAAUACAAUUCAUUCUAUCGGUAAUUCGGCAUUAUCUUUUGCGUAAUGGUAGAUUAAUACAAUAGGUUUUGUUGAGAUGCUCGGCAUUUUCUCGAGUUUAUUCAGUUUAAUUAAAUAGAGUUUGAUAUCGCUGACGGAAAUAUGUAGGUAUAUACAUGUAUAUAUAUGAUUCAUUUCGAAAAAAUAAAUUGUGUUCUUUAUUUGUUAUAGUGCAUGUUUGUUGUGUUUAAUUGUUUUCAAUUUCCAUUUACUAACCAUAUUUGAAAGUUAAGCUUCGAAUUAUAAGCAAGAUACAGAGAUUUGAUUACAAUUCUAUGUUUGUACACAGAUCUCAAAAACUAAAGAUUAAAAAAGUAAAAAAAAUUGUCAAUAUUUAUAUAGAAAAUUAUCAAAGUCUGUUCUUCCAGAAACCAACUUUAACAAAUUAUUGUAUUGUAAACUUAACCUUUUUUCGUCAUUAUUACUCUUACUGUACAUGUGAUCCUUGACUGUGUUUGUGUACAUUUGUAUAAACUGAUUUUGAACCUCAAAUACCAGUGAACUGGUCUUGAGUGAAUAAAAGAAUUUAAAAUCUUAGGCCAUUCUUUUUUUUUUCUAUUUUAAAUGCUGAACAGGAAAUACCAAGUUAAAAAUCUUAAGCUGAAUGUAAUAAACUAAUGUGAA